AUGAUAACCUCGUGCAAACUUUUGAUCUUUCCGUAUAGUUUUCGCUGAGUUUCCAAAUUUCUGGUCUAUAUAAGCUGGAACAAUUCUUUCCAAUCCACACUUCAACCGAUUGGGAUGGUCGGUUUCAAUAUGCGGUCACAAUAUUUAAUCUGUUUCUUGGUGGGCUUGGCCCUUGCUCAACAAAACAAUCCGGCAUGGAAAGGAAACACAGAAUAUACUUAUGAAGUUUAUGGAAGAUCUUUGGCUAGUUUCAAUGGAAUUUCUGACGAUUAUACCGGAAUAGUUUUACGUGCAAAACUCUUGGUUCAACCUCACGGCAGCGACAAACUCAGAUGUCAAGUAAGCCAACCUGAAUAUGCCGAAAUUCAGACUACCCUUCCGGAAGGAUGGAUGUCUAAACUUCCUGAAGGCAAACUCAGCUACAGGCCUCUGAAGAUGACAGACAAACCCUUCGAAAUAGUGCUCAAAAACGGUGUUGUCAGAGACCUGAUCGUAGAAAAGGAAGUUCCACAAUGGGAGGCUAACAUCAUUAAGAGUCUAGUAAGUCAAUUCCAAUUGGACACUAAAGCAGAAAAUGCCGUCCCAUCGCAUUUCAACGUUCUUCCUAAACAUGGAUCUAACAACGCUGUGUUCAAAACAGUCGAAGAUACAGUGACUGGAGUUACUGAAACUAGCUACGACAUUCACCCAAUGCCAGAGUACAUAUUGCAGUCCGAGCCUCAUCUUGCACCCUUCCCUCACCUUAAAGGAGAUGGUAACAUUAUUGAGAUAAUCAAAAAUAAGAAUUACACUGAAGGACACAAGCUUCCUGCAUAUUUCGCAAAUCUUGGAAAAGCCGGAAAAUGGAGGCCAACUGCUAACCAAUUUGGUGUCUUACAUAGAAACUCUCUCUCUCGAGCUGUAAUAACAGGUACCCUACAGAGAUUCACAAUCCAGUAUUCCGAAACAUCGAAUGAAAUUGUCAUUCCUCUGAAACAUCUCACUAAAGGAUCAGUGAACAGCAUGAUGAGAAUAAAAUUAGUUAACGCUGAACAGCAAAGUUCUCCAUUGCCUACCCUGUCUUCUCCAGUCCACACUGGAAGCCUUGUAUACAAAUACCAAAAAGAAGAAUAUAACGGUCGCGUCAGCGAAGGAAACACCUUCGAACCUUCGAAGUACAUGGAAAAAAUGGAAAACUCCGAAUAUAGCCAAGAGUACUACCAACACAAGAGACAUCCACGAUCUCUUUCGAAGGACAUCGAAUCAUCUGAAAAUUCUGUUGAAUCCCAGGAAGACUGGACCGUCACCAAAGCUAAACUGAACCAUUAUUCUUAUGCCCCGAUGCUUCCUUUGUCUAUUGGAUACAAGGGUCUUUCUAUCAGACAUGCUCCUGGAAUGCAACUUGUUGACAAAGCUUGUAGUAUCGCCGAAAAAAUCGCAUCAGACCUUGACAAACCUCAGGAAAUGCCUAAAAAACAAACUUUGGUUAGAUUCAUCACUCUGACAUCAAUUCUUCGUAUCAUGGACGAUCAAGAAUUGAAACAGGCUGCCCAAAGGUUGUACACCAAAGAAACUCAAGGACAUAAAUAUAAUUCCUGGGUUGUCUUCCGUGACUCUGUUGCUGAAACCGGCACUGGACCAGCUUUCAUGUUGAUCAAAUACUACAUCGAGUCCGACAAGAUCCGAGGUAAUGAAGCUGCUGAAGUUAUUUCAACCGUGGGUGGAGCUGUCAGACAACCGUCCGAAGAAUACAUGAGAGCCUUUUAUGAAUUGGUCAAAAAACAACUUGUUAACCAAAAGGAUACGUCAAUGUUGAAUGAAACUAUGCUCUUCACUUUCAGUGAACUUGUCCACGAUGUUUACGUAAACAGGAACUUCUCUCACAGGCAAUAUCCGACCCAUAUUUACGGAAAAUUCUACACAACAGCUGGCAGAAAAUUCGUUCAAGACGAAGUUAUUCCAUAUUUCACUGAACAAUUGAAAGAAUCGAUUACCAACGGUGAUUCCCGCAAAAUAAAUGCUUACAUCCGUGCCUUAGGACAAAUUGGAGAUCGCCAGAUCAUCUACUCUUACGAACCCUUCUUGGAAGGAAAGGUGCCAUGCUCCCAAUUCCAAAGGUUGCUUAUGGUCUUGUCAUUGAGACAAGUGGCUAGAGUUCACCCCAAAACUGUUGGAGCAGUGCUAUACAAAAUUUACCAGAACAUCGGGGAAACCACCGAAAUGAGAGUUGCAGCCGUUUACAUGUUAAUGCACACAUCACCUUCCGCUGACAUGCUUCAACGUAUUGCCAAAUACACCAAAAUCGAAUCUAACCACCGUGUGUGCGCUGCAGUUAAAUCAGCAAUCAAAUCUGCCGCCAGUCUUGAGGGACGUGAAUUUUCGGAAUUGAGAUCUGCUGCUGAAUCCGCCAGUCAUUACUUGAUCGAGAAAGAUUUUGGUGUACAAGAUUCGCAAGACUUCUUGAAGAGUUACACUUUCCACAGCUGGGAUUCCUACUACAAACACGCUCUCCAAACUAUCGUCUCUGAAGAAUCAGGAAUGCCCACUUCUUUCUAUCUCGCUUUCGAAGGUCGUGGAAAUGGUCUCAAAUACAAGUCUUUCACUUUUGAAUCAGUCGUUUCUGAUAUACGAAACUUUGUUCAAGUCUUCCAGAAAAAGACUCACUGGUACAGGCAAGAACAGAAGAAACAACAAUCAGCCCAACAAUCAGAGCAGUCUACCUGGACUAGUUCAAACAUCGCACGUCUCUUGAAUUUGCAAACUGAGGAACUCGAACAACUUGAGGGUAGUAUUUCAUUACACUUGGGCGAAUUGAAGAAACACUUCAUAUUCGACAAUCACACCAUCGAGAGCUUGCCAGAAGCUGUUGAACGACUCCUGUCUGACUUGGAGCAUGGAAAGAAAUUCGAAUACACCAAAAUGAUCAACAAUAAGGAUGGAACAAUAGCUUACCCUACUGAGAUUGGUUUACCUUUCCUCAUUAAGUACGAUGUCCCAGUUUUAGUGAAUGUUAAAGGAAACUUGAAAGCCAAAUCUCAACCACACCUCGUUUCCAAUGGGGAAUUCACACUUCCGGAAAAAAUGGAAAUGGAUGGAGAAUUUAGAGUUACACUUUCAGCCAAACAGCAAUUGAAAUACGGCUUCUUCACACCAUUCAAUCACCAGCAAUACUUCGCAGGACGUGAUGACGAUAUGCAAGUAUAUUUGCCAAUCAAGACUGAAGUAACUAUUGAUUUCAAAAACCAGAAACUCCACUUUGAAACUGAACCCCUCGAAACUGAAAGAGACAUCGACAUUUUCCAAAUCACUACCACUCCAUAUAUAUGUAAGCAAGAUAUUUUGGACCUGGAUGCUGAAGCAGAAAGAAAGAACGUACAUAUUAUCAGAAAGAAAUAUCCAGAACACUGGGAAAAAGUUAUUGGUGAUAAAUCUGUUGGAAUGGCUUUCCGCGUCAAGUACGAAAGUGAUGAUGAGGUACCCACAUUGAAAGGUGUGAUUGAAGAAUUGUUCGAAAUCGAUGCCCUUUACAGGCAUUUCAAAAUUCAGUACGUCCCUGAACUCUCUCGCAACAAGAAAUUGACUACUGAUUUCAUAUAUAAAGAAGAGAACCAGAAGGAUUGCGAAGAGCAGGAUGGAAAAGCCAUGCUUGAAAAAAUGUCGAAACUCCCAAGCCAACAGGAUCAACGUGUUUCUGAAAUUGUGAAAUACGCAUCAGCUGGUAUACAGAAUUCUAGAAUGCAGAUGCUCGAUACUAGAGUUCAUUUCUCAGGGGACCAAAGCGUCGAAUACACACUGACAUUGUCCUAUGCCAGGAACCAAGAGGAUUCCAAAUCACGCAUGUUGGCAUACGUUAAGAAACACUCGUCUAACAGCAGGCCAUUUGCAGGGGCUUUAUCUGUGAAAUUCGACAUGGCACGCGUUACUGGACUCGAUAUGGAUUACGUCUUGAACACUGACCUGAAAUCAUCUGUUUAUAUUGAUGGAGCAUUCUCUGAAAAACUCCCAACUGACAACCAAUUUGAAAUCCAGGCUAAACUAAAGAGGAGCAAUGCUCGUAAGCAAUAUUUGAUGGAACAACCCUUCUAUCACAGGUGUCAAAGUGAAACUCAACAAGGAAACAAACAACUUUUGGCUUGUGCUAACAUGACCCAAAUGGCUGGUCUUCUCGAUUCCAUCUCCAUCAAGAUGAAAUAUCCAAAAAUGAGUUCCAAGGACGUAUACACCGUUUUGAGUACAUACAACUCUAUUGUAUCCCAACAUCAAUUCGAAAUUGAAUCGAAACAACACAAACAUAAGCAAGGAGAAAUAAGCGUUGAUGUACAAUACUCUCCCGAUUUGGAAAGAGCCAAUAUUUCUGUUUCUAGCAGAGAUACUCAAGCUUACAUGAAAAAUAAGGAAAUUGACCCCUGGACAAGACCAAUUGUUAUUGCUCACCCGAUCUUCAACGUAUUCGACCGCGUAGCAGGAAAGAUGUACGGUCUUCAAACAUACAAACCAAUAUGUUCUAUGGAUAAUAGUGAGGCAUACACUUUCGAUGGCUCUGAAUAUUCUCUCACUUUGAAUGACUACUGGACCGUCCUCAUGCAAUAUGUUCCCCUACGUUCAUCUGACGACUCUUACUCGUCGGUAGAGGAACAGCUGAAACACGAAAUCGAAAACUUCGUUGUUCUCGCCAAACGUAGCAGCCAAGGAUCUCACAACAAAGAUGUUAAAAUAAUUGUAUCUACACCCCACACUCAAGGAAAAACAGUCGAAAUCACUUUGAAACCAAAGAGUAGUGGUGAAUACCCUCAAGUAUUCGUAAACGGCAAACAGGUAACCGUUAGACAAAAUGGCGAUUCCGAUACCUACUACAAACAAGUGACCAUCCUUGGCCUGCCCAACGGAGAGGUUUACGUAAGGGUGCAUGAUGAUUUCUAUGUGAUCUACGAUGGAAGCCGUGUUAAAAUUACUUCGCUUGGUAUAAAAUUGCGUAACAGAGUUCGCGGUCUCUGUGGAAACUUCAACAGUUUCAGCUCUGACGAUUUCACCACUUCCAGCAACUGUGUCGUCCGCGACCCCAAAGAAUUCAUUGCCAGUUAUACGGUAUUGAAAGACGGAGAAUACAGCCCAGAAGUAACUGAGUACAAGAAGAAUACUCAGAAGAACAGAUGUGUCCACAAAAAAGUUCCUCUUUACGUCAACUACAUCAACAGUCAGGAAGAAAGCAUGGAUUCAUCGCAUCACCAAUCGCAAUCCGAACAAUCCUGUAUGAAGUACCAAACACGCUACGUUGUAGAAAAUGGACAGAUUUGCUUCACCAUCAGGCCUCUGAAUGUCUGCAGACCUGAAUGUACCGAAGAAAACACCGUCUACAAGAGCGUUGAUGUGCAUUGUGUACAGAACAGGAAUGUUGCUACCUUAUGGAAAUCUCAAAUAGACAAGGGAGCAAGUCCUGAGUUCAGUCAGAAGCCCGUCACCAAGAGUGUUCAACUCCGAGUACCCCACUCCUGUAGAUCAGCUUAAUUUUUAUGACCAUAGAUAGAAAAUCGACGAACAUCCCAAAAAUGCUAAAAAAAUAAAUAAAAUUUUUUAUUGCAA